AUGAGAAAAAUUAAGAUGGCAGGCAGGGGGUUAACCGACCUUGAUGGUCUUGCUGCUAUUUUGACACAAACUGAAACACACACACACACACACACACACACACACACACACACACACACACACAGGAAGCCACAACAGCCCAUCUCUUGCCUCACGUCUGCAGGUGGCGUGCAGAGUGGCAUCUUUGGUGGUCGUAUGGCCAAGCCCCACUCCAGACCCUACAUGGCCUCACUGCAGACACGGAGACACCACGGGUGUGGAGGAGUGCUGAUCAGAGAGGACUUCGUACUGACUGCUGCACACUGUUAUAAUAGCAGUGAUCCCCUAGACGACGUAGUGCUGGGCGCCCACAACAUCAGUAAGCAGGAGAAGAGCCAACAGCACAUUGGCAUCUCUGAGUUCAUCCCUCACCCAAAGUACCCCAAGAAGAAGCUUCGCAAUGACGACCCCAGGACUCGAGAGCAUGACAUCAUGCUGUUGAAGCUGAAGACAAAGGCUACGCUGAACAAGUUUGUGAAGGUGUUGGAGCUCCCUAAGACAUAUGGGAAGAUCCGUGCGGGGGAGCAGUGUGAGGUGGCUGGGUGGGGGAAGAGGGUCCACGGGCGAGAAGCAGAGAGUGUCCUGUACGAGGCUGAAGUCAUGCUGGACAAGACAGCGAACUGUGAAGCGAAAUGGCAGCAGUAUUACAACCAGGACCAGAUGACCUGCAGUGUCCCUGAUGGCAGAGGAGGAUUCUGUCAGGGUGAUUCUGGAGGUCCUCUCAUCUGUGGAAAGGGCAAGGCCAAGGUCCUGUAUGGAGUCACAGCCUACACAGGUGCACCGUGCGAUACCCCAGAAUACCCAGAAGUCUACACAAGAGUGCCCCACUUCCUGCCCUGGAUCAAAGACGUUAUUGGUGUGAAUGAUGCUCUGUAGACAGGAACUCAGUGUUCAGGAGAGAGAGCCAAACUACAUGAUUAUCAAAUUAUUUGUUCUUUGUUCACAACUCUUUGUUUUAGGAGGUCAUGAACAGUAAAAAAAGUACUUUUCCCAAUGUAUUUAAACUAGUGUGCUAUUAUGAUACAGACUACUUAUUUCACACUGCCUUAUAUAUUUUUAUUUAUUUAUUUAUUUUAUUUUAUUUUUUUAAUUGCAAGAGUCUCUUUUCUCUUCAAGGUCCCUUACUAAUCAGACGGAAGGGGACAUCUAUUGGCCAUAGAGGCCUGGGCCAUAUGCUGUAUAACUGGGGUGGGUUUUGCUGUGUCUUACCCCUUUUCUUUUGUUUCAGGAGUGGAGGCUCUCGGCAGGGAGGCUGGGCCCCUGGUGGUAGGGAAUCUGUGUGUCUCACCGUCAGUGCAGUGUAGUGUCACCUUGGUGUGCCGUGUUCACGUGUGGUCUCUUUGACCCCUCUUCCAGAUCGCCUCCCUGCGGUAAGCCCUCCCUCCUAGUUUAUGUGUGUUUUCCUAUACCCAAAGAACCAGUAGGCCUUCUCUAACCAAACCAGUUCUGAGUGUGUGUGGCUGCCCCAUUUCCAUCUGAGUGCUUUGCACGCUUUUACUGUAUUGUAACUUGCCUUUGAGAGGAAAAAUAAAGAAAAUAUUUAUUAUUGUCAUA